AUUAGCUUAAUUUAGUUUCUUGAUCAGUAGCUAAUUAAUUGACUAAUUAAGUAGGUUGACAAUGGUGAAGCUGGCGUUGGGAAGCCUGGGGGACUCCUUCAGCGUGGGGGCUCUCAAGUCCUAUCUCGCCGAGUUCAUCGCCACCCUACUCUUCGUCUUCGCCGGCGUUGGCUCCGCCAUUGCUUUUGAUAAAUUGACGUCGGGAUCAGCACUGGAUCCGGCUGGGCUGGUCGCCGUCGCCAUCGCCCAUGCCUUUGCCCUCUUCGUCGGCGUGUCCAUCGCCGCCAACAUCUCCGGUGGCCAUCUCAACCCGGCUGUCACCUUAGGCCUCGCCGUCGGCGGCCAUAUCACCAUCCUCACCGGCGCCUUCUACUGGAUCGCCCAGCUCCUCGGCUCCACCGUCGCCUGCUUCCUCCUCCAGUUCGUUACCGGCGGUCUGGCGGUGCCGACGCAUGGCGUGGCGGCGGGCUUGAGCGAGCUGCAGGGAGUGCUGAUGGAGAUAGUGAUCACCUUCGCGCUGGUCUACACGGUGUACGCGACGGCGGCGGACCCGAAGAAGGGGUCGCUGGGGACGAUCGCGCCCAUCGCGAUCGGGUUCAUCGUGGGGGCGAACAUCUUGGCGGCCGGACCUUUCAGUGGCGGCUCCAUGAACCCGGCCCGCUCCUUCGGGCCGGCGGUAGCCAGCGGAAACUUUGCUGGAAACUGGGUCUACUGGGUGGGGCCCCUCAUCGGCGGCGGCCUGGCCGGGUUUGUCUACGGCGACGUCUUCAUCGUGUCCUACCAAUCGGUGGCUGCUCAGGAGUAUCCUUGAUCGAUACACUUUGGCCGAGUUCUGUUAAUGCUUCUCUAAUUAGUUUCUUUGUCGGCAUGUUUUAAUUUGUGGUUGUGUCUUGCAUGUUUUGUGGUUUUAAUUAAUAAAUAAUGUCCAUAUAUAUAAAUAUGUAAGAGUACAAACUGUGGAUAUUUAAGUGUACCAUGUAAUCAACCCAUCAAAUCCAUCGAUUAUAUUAUGUUUCCCA